UCAUUUAGUUUAUUAGUUUACGUCAGCUUCUUGUUAAAGGAUGUUCCGUAGUUAGUCUGUUGUCUUGUCUUGUACCUCUAAUCACAAAUGGAAAUCGGUUCUUUGUGAAACGGGUUGUUUUUUAUUUGAUAUAUUCCAACUGGAAGAGAGAUCACAAAAUAACAAACGAAAUAAAUUAAAUCAAUUUCGUGUUUACUAUUUGAUUUUGGUAAAAUACCAUGACACAGAUUACGGAUGGGAUUGCAAUUAAAAUGUUUCGGAAAUGAUUUGAAAUGGUAAAAUUCGAUUGUGAGUGUGAUAUUGUGCAACUAAAAUAAAUUUUGUGUUUGAAUUUAAAUGUGCAUACACGAAAGGAAUACCAGUGAAUUAAAUUGUAAUAAUCUGAUACAACAUACCAUGAGAUCGAUCGUAACACUCCAAACAGCGAUGACUCAUUCGUACCAACAAGCAAUAUCAAGUUAAUUAUGCAACAAAACAUCAAAUACCCUACAUACAGGAUAUAAUAAAAAUUAUUAUUAAUAACAACACAAUAAAAAUCAAGCAAAACAAAUAACAAAAAAAACUUUAAAUAAGCAGAAAUGUAAGGUAUAAAAAUUGAAAUAAAAAAUUGAAAAAGAAAACAACAAAAAAAUAAAAAUAAAAAAAGUGCAACAAAGUAAAUCAUGGCUGCUAGUAAUAUUGUUUGCGAAUGGUUACGUGCGCUAGGUUUGUCACAGUACGCGGAAAGUUUUCUCGACAAUGGCUACGACGACCUGGAAAUUUGUAAACAAGUUGGCGAUCCUGACCUGGACGCAAUCGGUGUAACAACACCACAACACAGACAUAAAUUAUUGAAAAGUGUUCGUCAAUUGCGUGAAAAUGGGGCAGCUAGUGUUUAUUUUAUGCUUAGCGGUGAUAGUGAUAUAAGUAUUUUACACGACAGUGAUGAAUUGCUUAGCGGACGAGAUACGCCGCCGAAUGGAUUAGAUGCGCUACUUAUCGAACAAUUAGGUGCAGAUGGGGUACGGCUAACCGCACAUCCGUAUUCGACACCGGAUGGUCAACGGGGACAUUUAGAAGGACUAGCGUCUGUAUAUUGUGAACUAUUAAUGGCUCCCUUCGGUGAUGUACUUAAUGCUUUGGAAAAUGCAAGGCAAGCUGCGUGGGUGGAAAGAAGUCCACAAAAUAGGUCUGGUGUUUGUACUAACAGGGGUCAUCGUGGUAGUUCAGCACAGGGAGGUUUGCCAAAUAGUCAUAGUCAGCCAAUAUACGUGCCAGGAAAAUAUUCGCCAUCAAGUUGUCUUUCCGAUAAGGAGGAAGACGAAAUUUAUGGUUUCGGAUAUGGUGUUUUUGCGCCUAGGGUUGCGCGAGGCAUUGUUCAACCAACGCCGAACGUUCAACCGAAUCAACAGCACCACCAACAACAACAACAACAACAACUUCAACCUAACCAACAACAACAACAACAACAACAACAUUCCACAAAUAAUGUAGUACCUGCUGGUGCUGGACAGCAAAGCUGUUUAAGUCCCCGUUCAGCAUAUUUUUACGAAUUCCCGCCAACAGUUAACGAGGGACGAGAAACAAAGAAAAGAACUACGCUGGCUCGAUUGUUAAAAGGGCUAAAAACUGUAAAUAGACGUGAUAGGAUGAAUAAUCAAAAUACAUCAACACAAGUGAGGACAACCGAAAGACUGAGACAUUUUCAAAUAAAUGGGGGACCACAGCAUGGCUUUGAAGAAACUAUACAUAGGUUAAAAGUUCAAGAAGCUAUGCGAAAAAAGGAGAAAUUUCAGCGAGAACACGAAGAGAUUUUACGGGAUAUAAGACAAGGACUACUUCAAAUGAGUCGAGAUGGUAGAACAGAUGACACAUACAUGUACGACGAUGCAGCCAGAGGAGCUUUAGGACGAAACAAUCAAGGCCAUUGGUACGAUGAGCCGCCAUAUGAAAGUGAUCCCGAUGAUUUUCUCAUGUCCGGUAUGGGACCAGCCGCUACAAUUCAGGGUGGAAGAGUUUGCUUUACGACGUCACAUUCGAAUUGUGAAGGUACGGGGAUUAUAUCGUUAAGGUCAGCUGGGGAUAUAUCGUUACACCAAAGAGGACCAACUAGACGAGGUCUUAUCGUACCGCAACAGCCUCCUAAUCCUCCAACAAUAAUACCGCUUACUCAUGCUAGGGCACACGACCGAGAAAGUGGUGACUAUGCUGGAUCUGUGUCGGAUAUUCAAAGUGUUACUUCAAGGCUCAGUACAGUGUCGAUUGGUACGAAUAACUGUACAGCACGGUAUAGAACAUUAAGCGGAGGAGUUGGAUCGCCGUCCGUUUCACCGAGUCCAUCAUCCGAUUAUGAUGAUGAUGUAGCCACAACACACGGUUUGUCCAGUUUAAGUAAAAACAAACGAAACGGUUCGCACAAAGGGUCCAUCAUUAGUCAAAAGGCAACCGUACACCACUCGAAUGAUUUGCGGAAUUCAGCAAAGGAAAUUGGUGUUUUUAAUGAAAAUAACAGAAAUUUCAAUGGCGCUACUAAAGAGGUUUCAAGAGAUUUCUGUAAUUCACAGGAUAAUACGGAUAGAGGAAGUAUGAGUGAUCAAGCAUUCGCUUGUUCAGCUAGUUCAGUGGAGAGUUUACCAAGUGCAUCCGGCUCAAGUACACAGGCGUUAGUUCGACCAGGUAGUCCACAUAGUUCUAUAUCAACGGAAGAUAGAACCACAUUAGCACCAAUAUGUUUAGCAAAAGCAUUAGUUGAUAGUUUACCAAAUCCGUAUGACAAAGAAGCUCUCCGAUUUAAGAAAGGUGAAAUCAUUGAAGUUAUGUCAAUGAAUGCGUCCGGAAUUUGGCGCGGUCGUUCACAUGGUCGUACCGGUCAUUUUAAAUUUAUCAAUGUGGAAGUUUUACCGGAAAAUCGUAGUCGGAUUGUUAAAUCGGCCAAUCGAAUAUCGAAGAACACAGGACCGUCGUCGGUGGAGGAUUUAUUGUUGCGUAUCGGUCUCAAGGAAUAUACAUCUGUUUUUGUAUUGAACGGGUACGAGGACCUUGAACUAUUCAAAGAACUCGAACCAGCCGAUCUGGAUUACCUAGGCAUCGUCAACAACGAUCACCGGGCCAAAUUACUUACUGCCGUUCAACUUCUUCAUGACAUCGACUGUUCAGAUGGUGAAAUAGCAGGUUCUAGUUCAGAAAAUGACGAAGUUCGCUUUAAUCAAUUAAACAAUAAGCACGCAUCGUCACCAUUUGGUCGACGACAUUUUCCACGCGAUUCCGGUUGCUAUGAAGGUUCACCGGUGCCGGCAUUCCAGAACAUAAAGCCACCGCAUCCCAACGACGAAGUGAACAGCUUAGACGACGUCGUCGCCCAGUGUUCGAGCGAAAUACUCAAACGGGUCGAGAGUGCGCGACGCAACAAAGACGAAAAGUGUCCGUUGAAAGGUGUGGUCCGGGUGGCCAAAAAAGGUUUACUGGGCGGUGGCAUCGGCGAUGAAACGUUGUCGCGCGGCGGAGCAUUAAGUGAGAAAUCUAGUGACUCAGGUGUUAGCAGUAGUUCGUUGUCGUCGGGCCCGUUGAAGAACAAUUCUUAACGCUUGCCAAUCAAUCGUAAAAUAUAUUUUUGACACAAAAUGAUAAUCAGAUGGCUAAACAAAACCGAUUUUAAAACCGAAAUAUUAUUCAUUUAAAUCGCAACACUCAAC